AUGGCCUCUGUAACCCCGGCCGCUGUUGACCAGCUCGCCGCCGACCUCGGCAACACGAACCUUAAUGGAGGCGAAAAGAACGCUCCUGCCGUCAACACCAAUGACGCCUCUGGAGAUGCCCAGGGUGAUGAGGCCCAGACGGCUGGCCCAACCCCCAGCUCAGCUGCUCCUCACCCCCAAGCGUCCGCUUCCCUCUAUGUUGGAGAGCUAGAUCCAUCUGUCACCGAGGCCAUGCUCUUCGAGCUCUUCUCCCAAAUCGGCUCCGUUGCGUCUAUCCGUGUCUGCCGUGAUGCCGUGACUCGUCGCUCUCUUGGAUACGCCUAUGUCAACUACAACGCCACUGCCGACGGCGAGAAGGCCCUCGAGGAACUGAACUACACCGUCAUCAAGGGCAGACCCUGCCGCAUCAUGUGGUCUCAGCGCGACCCGGCUCUUCGCAAGACUGGCCAGGGCAAUAUCUUCAUCAAGAACCUCGAUGUUGCAAUCGACAACAAGGCUCUGCACGAUACCUUCGUCGCGUUCGGUAACAUCCUCAGCUGCAAGGUUGCCCAGGACGAGAACGGCAACUCCAAGGGCUACGGAUUCGUCCAUUACGAGACCGAUGAGGCUGCCCAGCAGGCCAUCAAGCACGUUAACGGUAUGCUUCUGAAUGAGAAGAAGGUCUACGUUGGUCACCACAUCCCCAAGAAGGACCGACAGAGCAAGUUUGAGGAAAUGAAGGCGAAUUUCACCAACGUCUACGUCAAGAAUAUCAGCCCUGACGUCAACGAAGACCAGUUCCGCGAGCUGUUUGAGAAGUUUGGCGAUGUCACUUCGUCCUCUCUUGCCCGUGAUAACGAGACGGGGAAGAGCCGUGGCUUCGGGUUUGUCAACUACACCACCCACGAGGCCGCUGCCCAGGCAGUCGACGACCUCAACGGCAAGGACUUCCAUGGCCAGGACCUCUAUGUUGGGCGUGCCCAGAAGAAACAUGAGCGUGAGGAGGAGCUCCGGAAGUCUUACGAGGCCGCUCGCCAGGAGAAGGCGAACAAGUACCAGGGCGUCAACCUCUACAUCAAGAAUCUCGAGGAUGAGGUCGACGAUGAUAAGCUGCGACAGAUGUUCUCCGAGUUCGGCCCCAUCACAUCGGCUAAGGUUAUGCGAGAAACCAACGCCGAGGGUGAGGAGGACCAAGAAGGAAAGGACAAGGAGAACAAGGAGGCCGAGGAAGAACCCGAGGAGGAAGACGCCGAGAAGAAGGCUGAGAAGAAGUCGUCGGACAAGAGGCUUGGCAAGAGCAAGGGCUUCGGAUUCGUUUGCUUCAGCAAUCCUGAUGAUGCUACCAAGGCCGUCGCCGAGAUGAACCAGCGCAUGAUCAAUACCAAGCCGCUCUACGUUGCUCUUGCUCAGCGCAAGGACGUGCGGAAGAGCCAGCUUGAGCAGAGCAUUCAGGCUCGCAACCAACUUCGGAUGCAGCAAGCUGCCGCUGCGGCCGGUAUGCCCCAGCAAUACAUGCAGCCCUCGGUCUUCUACGCUCCCGGACAGCAACCCGGAUUCAUGCCUCCUGGCGGCGGACGUGGCAUGCCAUUCCCCCAGGGAGGCAUGGGCAUGCCCGGAGUCCAGGGCGGACGACCGGGUCAAUUCCCUGGCGGCUACACUCCCCAGCAGGGCGGACGUGGUGGCCUUCCGGGCCAGCAGAUUCCUCCCGCCAUGUACCCUCUUGGCCAGUUCCCGCCUGCGGGCUACCCUCAGCCGAACACGCCCCAGUUCCUCGCAGCCAUUCAGCAGGUACAGCAGCAACAGGCUGCUCUCGGUGGUGGUCGGGGUGGCCCCGGUGGCCGGGGUAUGCAGGGACCAUCGGGUGCCUUGCCUCAGGGCAUUCAGGGCGCCGGCGGGCCAGGUAUGCCUGGGUAUCCCCCCAACGGUCGGCCCCAAGGCGGCAACAUGGGUGGACGUGGAGGAGGCCCUAACCGGGGCGGUCAGCAACCCUUCAUCAGCGGUGGUCGUGGUAUGCCUCCCCAAGUGGGCGGGUCCGGUGAUCUGAAUGCCGCCAGCCUUCUGCAAACUCAGCUUGCGACCACUGGCAACCCGCAGCAGCAGAAGCAGAUCCUCGGCGAGAACCUCUUCCCGAAAAUCCAGAACAUUCAGCCCGAGUUGGCCGGCAAGAUCACGGGCAUGUUGCUCGAGAUGGACAACGCAGAGCUCGUCAACCUUCUCGAGGAUGAGACCUCUCUCCGGGCCAAGGUCGACGAAGCGAUGGCUGUCUAUGAUGAGUAUCUCAAGGCUCAGGGUGGACCCGAGGGCGAGAAGGCGGCGGAGGACAAGCCUGAGGAGAAGGCUUAG